GCUCUGACGUGUACCACAAACUUGAUGGUAUUUAUCAACGGAGGUCCAUCAUGCGCAGGUGUUAAACCUUUUGGUGGCCAAUGUACUUUGGAAUGUAAUAAGGGGUAUUACAUGACUGGAAUAGGUACAGCAACUUGUAUUGACCAACAGCCAAACCAGGACAAUGCUAUAGGAAGGUGGGAUUUCGGAGACAGUUCUUGUGAAGCUGUCAUUUGUUCUAAUCCUCCUACAUUUGCUAAUGGAUACCUCUCUUCAUCGUGUGUUGGAGAUGAAAUAUUUAAGGAAACUUGUGAUUUAAAAUGUGAUCAAGGCUACUAUAUGUCAGGAAAUGGAAUUGCGACUUGCGAAGACGCAACGACAGCAGACGACAAUGCAAUAGGUAUAUGGGAUACAAGCGGAAGCUCGUGUAAAGAUGUCACUUGCAGUCGGUCGCAAGUACUUUCCAACGGCCGCCUCGCUUCGGCAUGCACUGGUGCAGAGAUACAUGGCAAUAUAUGUGAUUUGGAAUGUGAUCAGGGCUUUUAUAUGUUAGUCGAAGGUGUUGCAAUUUGCAAUGAUACCACUACCGAAGAUGAUAACGAAUUUGGAACAUGGAAUAUUGGUAGUGCAGAAUGUGCAGUCGUGACUUGUUCCUUGGAAAUAAGUUUCUCAGAUGGUUGGCUUGCUCCAUCAUGUACUGCAAACAAAACAUACGGAGAAAAAUGUGAUUUAGGGUGUAAUCAAGGAUAUUUUAUGUCCGGAGAUGGAGAAGCAAUGUGCGACGAUUUCACAAUAGACGACAGUAAUCCAGAGGGAAAUUGGAAUACCGAUGGCUCCAUUUGCAAGGCUGUUACAUGUCAAAUAACACAAAUUCUUCACAAUGGGCACCUGGUAUCUGAAUGCACUGGAAAUGAAAAGACCGGAGAACAAUGUGAUCUGGAAUGUGAUCAUGGUUAUUAUAUGUCGGUUGAAGAUGUUGCAACUUGCAAUGAUACAACUAUAGAAGACGAUAACCAGAAUGGGACUUGGAGCAUUGGCGUGGCAGAAUGUACAGCUGUAACAUGUGAUUUGGAGCUAAGCUUCUCCAAUGGGCGAUUUUCUUCGUCAUGUAGCGCAAAUAAAGCAUAUGGAGAGGAAUGCGUCUUGGAAUGUAAUUGGGGAUACUAUGUAUCUGGAAUAGGUACGGCUACUUGUAAUGACAUGACACCAACAGACGACACCAAUAUGGAUGGAUUUUGGGAUACUUCUGGAACAGUUUGUGCGGCUGUAGCUUGUCCACUCGACUAUUUGAUUCCAAAUGGAAAAUUAUCUUCAACAUGCCACGGAUCAAAUACUUUCGAGGAAGAAUGUGACCUUGUUUGUAACCGUGGUUACUAUAUGGUAGAAACCGGCAAGGCAUUUUGUAAUGAUACAACGGUGGAUGACAGCAACGAAGUCGGAACGUGGCUUGUGUUAAGCGGUUUUUGCGAAGCUGUUUCUUGCUCUUACGAUCUUGUAUUUGGCAACGGAAGAUUUGAUGAAAGCUGUACUGGCAAUAAAACUUUCGAAGAGCAAUGUGAUUUGAAAUGUAAUGAAGGCUAUUAUAUGUCUGGAUUGGGAAAAGCGACCUGUGAUGAUAUCUCAGUAGAAGAUGAUAACACUGAUGGAAUAUGGACAGCCACUGGAAGUUCUUGUGAAGUGAUUUCUUGCCCUCCUGAUAAUGUAAUGUCUAACGGAAGACUUUCUUCUUCGUGCACGGGAGAUAAAGUUUAUACUGAAACAUGUGGUUUGGAAUGUAAUCAGGGUUACUACAUCGUGGGAAAUCCAAUGGCGAUUUGCAAUGAUACGACAAGUGGCGAUAGUAACAAGCAUGGCACAUGGGAUGCAGGUGACACUUCUUGUGAAGCUGUGGUUUGUUCAACUGAUCCAAUGUUUACGAACGGAAAACUUUCUACUCAUUGUUCCACGAACACCAGUUUUCAAAACGAUUGCGAUCUGAAGUGUGAUAAAGGUUAUUACAUGUCGGGCAAAGGAAAAGCAGUUUGCGACGAUUUGACAUUACUUGAUGACAAUUCAGAUGGAACAUGGGAUGUAGAUAAUAAUUCAUGCAAAGCUGUGACAUGCUCGUUGGAAAUCAACUUUUUGAAUGGUAAUCUAUCUUCAUCGUGCAUCGAAAAUAAGACUUACGAAGAAGAGUGUGAUCUUGUUUGCUUCUUUGGUUAUUAUCUGUCAGGUUUUGGAAUAGCAACAUGCGAUGACUAUAUCAUCAAUGAUAACAAUCUAAAUGGUUCAUGGAAUACUGACGGGAGUAUUUGUGAAGCUGUGGUUUGUCCACUUGACCUACCAUUUCCAAACGGUUCCAUAUCUUUGGCAUGUGACGGAUCAAACACAUAUGAAGGCGAAUGUGAUUUGGUUUGUAACACGGGUUACUACAUGAGAGGAACGAGAGAAAUACUCUGCAACGAUACAUCUUUAAGUGAUGAUAAUCAGAAUGGAGUAUGGAUUGUUGGAGACGCUUCGUGUGAAACUGUAUCUUGUUCUCCUGAAAUUGAGUUUACACAUGGAACGCUUGCAGCAACAUGUAAUGGAAACAAAACAUAUGGAGAAAAAUGUGAUUUAGAAUGCUAUAGAGGCUAUUAUUUGUCAGGAACAGGAAAGGCAACUUGCGAUGAUUUUUUAACAAAUGACAAUAACAGGAAUGGAUCUUGGAACAGCGAUGGGACUGUUUGUGAAUCCGUAGUUUGUCCACUCGAUGUAACAUUUCCUAAUGGAUCCAUCUCUUCGUCAUGCAAAUCAAACAACUUCAACGAUGAAUGUGAUGCGAUUUGUAACAUCGGUUACUACAUGUCAGGAAAAAGAAAUGUGCGCUGCAACGAUACAACAAAUGAGGACGAUAAUCAGAUUGGAACAUGGGCACUCGGUGGAGUUUUGUGCAAAGCUGUGUUUUGUUCUGCCGAUAUUGACUUCUCUAAUGGUGGAUUUGCCCCAACGUGUACUGGGAACAAGACCUAUGGAGAGAAAUGUGAACUUGAAUGUGAUCAUGGGUAUUACAUGGCUGGGACACCAAUAGCUACUUGCGAUGACGCCAUAAUUGAAGACUAUAAUAAAAAUGGCACUUGGAACACGGGAGAUGCUGUUUGUAAAGCUGUAGCCUGUAAAAUUGAGCCUAUAUUUCCACACGGCCAAUUAUCUUCGUCAUGCUCUGGAAACAAGACGUACAAAGAGGAGUGUAACCUGGAAUGUGAUCGAGGGUAUUAUAUGUCCGGAACAGGAAUAGCUGUCUGUAAUUAUACAACACCGAUUGAUGACACUGUAAAUGGGGCCUGGAAUACUAAAGGAAGUUACUGCCAAGUUGUCUCGUGCCCUCUGGAAUUAAACUUUACAAACGGCAGUUUGGAUGAAUCAUGCAGCGAGAACCAAAUAUACGAAAAUGAAUGUGAUCUGAAAUGUAACUGGGGAUAUUAUAUGUCAGGGAUUGGGAAAGCAACCUGCGACGAUUUUACAGUAGAUGACAGUAACGUAAACGGGUCAUGGAAUACCACGGGAAGCGUUUGUGAAGCUGUUGUGUGCUCAGUUGACCCUACAUUUCCCAAUGGAGCUUUAUCAACAUGCAACGGGACCAACAAGUUUGAUGACGAAUGUGAUCUCAUUUGCAACAAAGGUUACUUUAUGUCGGGAAGGGGGAAAGCAACCUGUAAUGAUACAACAAUAAAUGACGAUAAUCCAAAUGGAGUAUGGAUUGUCGAGGGAAAUAUCUGUGAAGCUGUAUCCUGCGCUCUUGACAUUGAUUUUUUUGGUGGAAAAUUUACUGAAACAUGCGAUGGUAACAAAACAUUUGGAGAAAAAUGCAAUUUAGAAUGCGAUCGUGGUUAUUAUAUGAUGGGAACUCCAACAGCAACAUGUGACGAUAAUAUAGAGGGAGACAGCAACAGAAAUGGAACGUGGAAUACUGGCGAUGCUACUUGUAUUGUUGUUACAUGUGGUAAUGAUCAAAAAUUUCCGAAUGGGAAAUUUUCCGUUGAUUGUACUGAAAACACAACGUUUGGAAAUCAAUGUGAUUUGGAAUGCGAUCAAGGAUAUCAUAUGUCGGGAAUAGGAAUAGCAACUUGCAAUGACUCCACUUCAACUGAUAACAAUACAAUUGGAACUUGGGAGUUUGGAAGAAGUUCAUGUGAAAUCGUGUAUUGUUCUUCCGACAUUGAGUUUGCUAACGGAAGAUUUGAUAAAACAUGCAUUGGAAACAAGACAUAUCAACAGCAAUGUGAUCUAAUCUGUGAUCGGGGAUAUUACAUGACGGGAACAUACACUGCAUCUUGUGUUGAUACUAAUGCCACCGACGAUAAUAUUUAUGGAACAUGGAAUACAAGCGACGCUGCGUGUUUUGAUGUGAGUUGUUAUGACGACCCGAUUUUUGAGAAUGGAUGGCUUUCACUUUCUUGUUCCCGAAACUCCACGUUUGGGGAACAAUGUGACUUGAAAUGCGACCAAGGAUAUUAUAUGUUGGGUACAGGGGUAGCAACUUGCAAUGACACCAUCUUAACAGAUGACAACACUAAUGGAACAUGGUCUUUCGAUGGCAGUUCGUGUAAAGUUAUCUCAUGUUCACCGACGUUGAAUUUCUCUAAUGGAGAGCUUUCUCCUUCAUGUGUUGGAGACAGAAUAUAUGAAGAAGAAUGUUCUCUUGAAUGUGACCAAGGAUACUAUAUGUCUGGAACACUAACAGCUACUUGUGAUGAUAUUAUAGAAGGCCAUGACAACAAAAAUGGAUCAUGGAAUGUGGGGGAUGCUGUUUGUAAAAGUGUAGUGUGUUCAGUUGACCCACUUUUUUCAAAUGGAGCUAUUUCUCCAUCUUGCUCUAAAAACCAGACUUAUGGCGCAAAAUGCAAGUUGGAAUGUGAUCAAGGAUUUUAUAUGACUGGAAUAGGGGAAGCAACUUGUGACGAUACAACAAUAGAUGACGAUAAUAUUAAUGGAACAUGGAACGUUGAAGACAGUUCAUGUGAAGCCAUUACUUGUCCUCUUGACUUGGAAUUUCCUCAUGGACGAUUUGUAUCAAGCUGUAUUGGGAAUAAAACUCAUGAAGAUAAAUGCAAUCUGGAAUGUGAUCAAGGUUAUCAUAUGUUAGGAACACCAAUUGCAAUUUGUGAUGAUGCUACAAUAGAAGACAGCAAUAGAAAUGGAACAUGGAAUACUUCUGAUGCGGUUUGCUUGGCUGUAACUUGCUACAACAACCUGACAUUUAAGCAUGGAGAGCUUUCAUCAUCCUGCCCAAGGAGUAAUAUGUUUGAAGAACAAUGUGAACUUGAAUGUGACCAUGGCUAUUACAUGCUUGGAUCGGGAAUAGCAACCUGCAACGAUACAACAUUCAAUGAUGACAACACAAUUGGGUCAUGGUCUACGGAAGGGAGUUUGUGUGAAGUUAUCUCAUGCCCACUCAAGUUAAACUUUUCAAAUGGAAAGCUUUCCUCAUCAUGUGUUGGAGACAAAUUUUAUGAAGAAGAAUGUUCUCUUGAAUGUGAUCAGGGAUAUUAUAUAUCUGGCUCGCCAACAGCCACUUGCAACGAUACUAUAGCAGGCGAUGACAAUAAAAAUGGAUCUUGGAAUGUGGGGGAUGCUGUUUGUAAAAGUGUAAUUUGUUUGGUUGAUCCGGUAUUUUUACAUGGUUCUCUCUCUUCAUCGUGCUCUAAAAACCAGACGUUUGGUGCAACAUGCAAUUUAGAAUGUGAACAGGGAUAUUAUAUGUCUGGGAUUGGUGAAGCAACUUGCGAAGAUGCAACGAUAGAUGAUGAUAAUAUUAAUGGAACAUGGAACAUUGAGGACAGUUUAUGUAAAAUCACCACCUGUUCUCUGGAAUUGGAAUUUCCUCAUGGGCAAUUUGUUUCAAGUUGCACUGGCAACAAAACAUAUGGGGAUGAAUGCAAUCUGGAAUGCAAUCAAGGUUACCAUAUGCUGGGGACACCAAUUGCAACUUGUGAUGACAACACAGUUGAAGACAAUAACAAAAAUGGAACAUGGAAUACAUCCGAUGCAGUUUGCUUGGCUGUGACUUGUUACACCAAUCUAACAUUCGAGCAUGGAGACCUUUCUUUGUCAUGCCCAGAAAGCAAUGACUUUGGAGAACAAUGUAACCUAGAAUGUGACAAAGGAUAUUAUAUGAUUGGAACAGGAAUUGCAACUUGCAAUGAUACAACAUCGGAUGAUGACAACACAGUUGGAUCAUGGUCUACCGAAGGAAGCUUGUGUGAAGUUAUCUCAUGCCCAAUAGAGACAAAUUUUACUAAUGGAGAGCUUUCUCCAUCAUGUGUUGGAGACAAAAUAUAUGAAGAAGAAUGUUCUCUUAGAUGUGAUCAAGGAUAUUAUAUGUCUGGAACACCAACAGCAAUUUGCGAUGAUACUAUAGAAGGCCAUGACAACAAAAAUGGAUCUUGGGAUGUAGGAGAUGCUGUUUGUAAUGGUGUAAUUUGUUUUACUGACCCAAUAUUUUUGCAUGGAUAUAUUUCUUCAUCUUGCUCCGUAAACAAAACGUUUGAAGCAAAAUGCAAUUUGGAAUGCGAUCAGGGUUAUUAUAUGUCAGGAAUAGGUCUAGCAACUUGUGAGGACACAACUGUAUCUGAUGAUAAUGUCAAUGGAACAUGGAAUAUUGGAGAAAGUUUCUGUGAAAUCAUAACUUGUUCUCUUGAACUGGAAUUCCCGUAUGGACAAUUUGAAUCAAGUUGUUAUGGAAACAAAACAUAUGGAGAUACAUGCAAUCUUGAAUGUGAUCAAGGUUACUUUAUGUUGGGAAUACCAGUCGCAACUUGUGAUGACACUACCGUGGAAGACAGUAAUAAAAAUGGAACAUGGAAUACCUCCGAUGCUUCUUGUCUGGCUGUAACUUGUUUUUCCAACUUGACAUUCGAUCAUGGAGGGCUUUCUUCAUCAUGCCCGGAUAGCAUUAAGUUUGAAGAACAAUGUGACUUAAAAUGCGAUCAAGGAUAUUAUAUGAUAGGAACUGGCGAAGCUUUUUGCAAUGAUACAUCAUCAGACCACGACAACUCGAUAGGAACAUGGUCUACCAUUGGAAGCAUAUGUGAAAUUAUCACCUGUUCUACUGAAUUGAAAUUCUCCUAUGGACAGUUUGAUUCAAGAUGUGUAGGCAACAAAACAUAUGGAGAUGAAUGCAAUCUAGAAUGUUAUCAAGGUUAUCAUAUGCUAGGAACCCCAAUUGCAACUUGUGAUGACACCACAGUUGAAGAUAAUAAUAAAAAUGGAAUGUGGAAUACAUCUGAUGCAGUUUGCUUGGCUGUAACUUGCUACACCAAUUUAACAUUUGAGCAUGGAGAGCUUUCUUUGUCGUGCCCAGAAAGCAAUCAGUUCGGAGAACAAUGUAACUUAGAAUGUGACAAAGGAUAUUAUAUCAUUGGAACAGCAAUUGCAACUUGCAAUGAUACAACAUCAAAUGAUAACAACACAGUUGGAGCGUGGUCUACUGAGGGAAGCUUGUGUGAAGUCAUCUCGUGCCCAAUAAAGGCAAAUUUUAGUAAUGGAGAGCUUUCCUCAUCAUGUGUGGGAGACAAAAUAUAUGAAGAAGAAUGUUCUCUUGAAUGUGAUCAAGGAUAUUAUAUGUCUGGAACACCAACAGCCAUUUGUGAUGAUAUUAUAGAAGGCCAUGACAACAAAAAUGGAUCUUGGGAUGUAGGAGAUGCUGUUUGUAAUGCUGUAACUUGUUUUGCCAACUUGACAUUCGAUCAUGGAGGGCUUUCUUCAUCAUGCCCAGAUAGCAUUAAGUUUAAAGAACAAUGUGACUUAAAAUGCGAUCAAGGAUAUUACAUGAUAGGAACAGGCAAAGCCAUUUGCAAUGAUACAUCAUUAGACCAUGGCAACUCGAUCGGAACAUGGUCUACUAUCGGAAGCAUAUGUGAAAUUAUUACCUGCUCUACUGAAUUGGAUUUCCCUUAUGGACGGUUUGCUUCAAGUUGUGUAGGUAACAAAACAUAUGGGGAUAAAUGCAAUCUGGAAUGUAAUCAAGGUUAUCAUAUGCUGGGAACCCCAAUUGCAACAUGUGAUGACACCACAGUUGAAGACAAUAAUAAAAAUGGAACAUGGAAUACAUCUGAUGCAGUUUGCUUGGCUGUGACUUGUUACACCAAUCUUACAUUUGAACAUGGAGAGCUUUCCUUGUCAUGCCCAGAAAGCAAUGAGUUCGGAGAACAAUGUAACUUAGAAUGUGACAAAGGAUAUUAUAUCAUUGGGACAGGAACUGCAACCUGCAAUGAUUCAACAUCAAAUGAUAACAACACAGUUGGAGCUUGGUCUACUGAGGGAAGCUUGUGUGAAGUUAUCUCAUGCCCUAUAAAGUCAAAUUUUAGUAAUGGAGAUCUUUCCCCUUCGUGUGUUGGAGACAAAAUAUAUGAAGAAGAAUGUUCUCUUGAAUGUGAUCAAGGAUAUUAUAUGUCUGGAACCCCAACAGCCAUUUGUGAUGAUACUAUAGAAGGCCAUGACAACAAAAAUGGAUCAUGGGAUGUAGAAGAUGCUGUUUGUAAUGCUGUAACUUGUUUUGCCAACUUGACAUUCGAUCAUGGAGGGCUUUCUUCAUCAUGCCCAGAUAGCAUUAAGUUUAAAGAACAAUGUGACUUAAAAUGCGAUCAAGGAUAUUAUAUGAUAGGAACAGGCAAAGCCAUUUGCAAUGAUACAUCAUCAGACCAUGGCAACUCGAUCGGAACAUGGUCUACUAUCGGAAGCAUAUGUGAAAUUAUUACCUGCUCUACUGAAUUGGAUUUCCCUUAUGGAUGGUUUGCUUCAAGUUGUGUAGGUAACAAAACAUAUGGGGAUAAAUGCAAUCUGGAAUGUAAUCAAGGUUAUCAUAUGCUGGGAACCCCAAUUGCAACAUGUGAUGACACCACAGUUGAAGACAAUAAUAAAAAUGGAACAUGGAAUACAUCUGAUGCAGUUUGCUUGGCUGUGACUUGUUACACCAAUUUAACAUUUGAGCAUGGGGAGCUUUCUUUGUCAUGCCCAGAAAGCAAUGAGUUUGGAAAACAAUGUAACUUAGAAUGUGACAAAGGAUAUUACAUAAUCGGGACAGGAAUUGCAACUUGCAAUGAUACAACACUAGAUGAUAACAACACAGUUGGAUCAUGGUCCACGGAGGGAAGCUUUUGUGAAGUCAUCUCAUGCCCAGUAAAGGCAAAUUUUAGUAAUGGAAAUCUUUCCUCAUCAUGUGUGGGAGACAAAAUAUAUGAAGAAGAAUGUUCUCUUGAAUGUGAUCAAGGAUAUUAUAUGUCUGGAACACCAACAGCCAUUUGUGAUGAUACUAUUGAAGGCCAUGACAACAAAAAUGGAUCUUGGGAUGUAGGAGAUGCUGUUUGUAAAGCUGUAAUUUGUUCUACUGACCCAAUAUUUCCGCAUGGAUAUAUUUCUUCAUCUUGCUCCGUAAACCAAACAUUUGGAGCAAAAUGCAAUUUGGAAUGCGAUCAAGGUUAUUAUAUGUCAGGAAUAGGUAUAGCAACUUGUGAAGACACAACUGUAUCUGAUGAUAAUAUAAAUGGAACAUGGAAUAUUGAAGGAAGUUUCUGUGACAGUAUUACUUGUUCUCUUGAACUGGAAUUCCCUUAUGGACAAUUUGAAUCAAGUUGUGUAGGAAAAAAAACAUACGGAGAUACAUGCAAUCUUGAAUGUGAUAAAGGUUUCUAUAUGUUGGGAAUACCAGUCGCAACUUGUGACGAUGCAACAGUGGAAGACAGUAAUAACAAUGGAACAUGGAAUACGUCUGUUGCAUCUUGUCUGGCUGUAACUUGUUUUACCAACUUGACAUUCGUUCAUGGAGGGCUUUCUUCAUCAUGCCCAGAUAGCAAUAAGUUUGGCGAACAAUGUGACUUGGAAUGCGAUCAGGGAUAUUUUAUGAUAGGAACAGGAAUAGCAACUUGUAAUGAUACGACAUAUAGUGACGAAAACUCAAUUGGAACAUGGUCCACUAAAGAGAGUAUAUGUGAAGUUGUAACAUGUUCAACUGACUUGGUCUUUGAACAUGGGGAACUAUCUUCAUCAUGUACUGGUACAAAAGUACAUCAACAACAAUGCAAUCUUGAAUGUGAUGAGGGAUACUAUUUGUCAGGAUGGAGAAAUGCAACGUGUUAUGAUAGCACAAUUAAUGACAAUAAUCAUAAUGAUACAUGGGAUACUGGUGACACAGAAUGUUUAUUGGUAACUUGCUCUGAAGAACCAGACUUCCCUAAUGGUGGAUUAUCCCCAUCAUGUGUUGGAAACAAAACAUUCAGUGAGGAAUGCCUUCUGGAUUGUGAGCAGGGUUAUUACAUGUUUGGGAGUGGAGUAGCAAUUUGCAAAGACAUCACUAGGAAUGAUACUAACCAAAAUGGUUAUUGGAGUGUUGAUGGAAGUUCCUGUGAACCCGUUUUGUGUACUACGGAUUUCACCUUGAGUAACGCAAAAAUCCUUCCAUCAUGCAUGGACGGUAUGAUUUACAAGGAACAGUGUGAGCUAGAAUGCUUCCAAGGCUACUACAUGUCAGGCCCUGGAAUCGCCACUUGCAGUGACUCAACUACUUUGGAUAAUAACAAAAAUGGAACAUGGGAUGCAACUGGAUCAGUCUGCGAAAUUGUUACUUGCAGUAUCAAUGUUGCAUUUUUGAAUGGAAAUCUUUCAUCGAGUUGUACCGGACGCAAAACUUAUGGUGAAGAAUGUGAGUUAGAAUGUUUUCAAGGAUAUCAUAUGUUGGGAAUAGGAAAAGCUAUAUGCAAUGACACCAGUGCUGAUGAUUCUAAUAUCGAUGGUACUUGGAAUAUUCAAGGAAGCCAUUGUGAAGCUGUUGUCUGCUCCACUGAUUUGGAGUUUGAAAAUGGAAGCUUUACUUCAUCGUGUGUUGGAGAAAUAAUAUACCAGGAUGUAUGCGAGCUAGAAUGUGAUCAAGGUUACUAUUUGUCAGGUUCAGGAAUAGCAACUUGUAUUGAUAGAAUAGUUGAUGAUGGUAACACAAAUGGAACAUGGGACACUGGAGAAAAUAGCUGUAUAGCCGUCAAGUGCCCAAAUGAUACAGAUCUUUUGAAUGGGGGACUUUCACCAGAUUGUGAACAAAAUAAAACAUAUGGUGAUCAAUGUCAGUUAAAAUGCAAUCAAGGAUAUUAUCUGUCCGGAUCAAGAACUGCUACUUGUAUUGACAAUACAGUAGAUGAUAAAAAUAUAGAAGGGUCUUGGAAUACUACAGGAACAGAGUGUAAAGCUGUUACUUGUCCCGUUGACACAGACUUUUCUAGCCAAAAAUUUUUUUUGUCAUGUAAGCCUGGCAUUAAAAGUGGAGAACAAUGUGGUCUUACAUGCAAUCUUGGGUAUUCUAUAGAAGGUAAUAACAAAGCAACUUGUUUGGACAUAACAGUGGAUGACACCAAUUCCAAAGGAACUUGGGAUACUGGAAGUGCUUCAUGCCUAAGCAUUGAUGAAUGUGCUGUUGGAAUAGAUGAUUGUGAUGUAAAUGCAGAAUGUUUUGAUACUGAAGCAGGUUACUUUUGUGUCUGUAACAUAGGAUAUGUUGAAAAUGGCAUAUAUUGUGAAGAUAUUGAUGAAUGUGAUGAGGAGACAGACAACUGCCACGUAAAUGCUGAUUGUAGAAAUACUGAUGGAAGUUUCAGUUGCAAAUGUAAACCAGAAUACACAGGCGAUGGAGUUGAUUGUUCUGCCUUACCAUGUGAUGUAAUAUGCACUGGAUCAAAUCAGGGUUGUAUCGAUGAUAUUUGUUCCUGUAUGAACGGGUAUGAAAACGCUAACGGAACAUGUAUAAAAGUUUGUCCGACAUCAUGCACCGCAAACUCUGAAUGCUAUAAUGUCGACAGAGGAUGUGAAUGUGUGGAAGGUUACACGAAGAAAGAAUAUGAUGACAGUUUUCUGUGCGAGGAUGUUGAUGAGUGCGAAAGUAAAAAAGAUGAACCAGGAAUAAAUUGCACAAACUACCCUGGGCAUUAUACCUUGGAAUGUAGAGAAGGAUAUUAUAUGGAAGGAAAUAAAUGCAAAAAACAGUCUCCUGAAUGUCCACCAUCUUGUGGUCAACAUGCAUCAUGUAGAGAUCCUAACCGUGGAUGUGAAUGCUCUGAUGGAUGGGGCGGAGAUAAAGAUAAAUGUGAAGAUAUAGAUGAAUGUUUAUAUGAAUGCAGUGAGCCAACUUUAUUAUGUACAAACACACCAGGUUCUUUUUAUUGCACAUGUAUCGCAGGUUAUUAUCGAGAAACUGAAAUAGAUGAAUGUAUUCCAGAUCAAUGCAAAGAAACCAGUGUUUCAUGUGUUUAUGGUCCAGAUGGGGCUUGUAAUGUAACAAGCAACAUAACUUUUCCAACAACCUUACUCGGUUAUUCCAACAAAACGAUAAAUGUAUGCGGAGAAGAAACUCCAAAUGCUGGAACACCUUUCGGAACCAGACUCUGUGACUUCGAUGGAAAUUGGGUUAUUAAAAUCAAUUGGCUUUCAUCAUGCUAUGUGGGGCUUCAGCAAUUAUUGGAACAAAAAAUCUCCACUGAGGAAGACAGAGAAGAAGUCUCAUCAAAUCUUGAAAUGGUUACAUCAACUCCCGAUGAACUGAGUUCAGAUGAUAUUGAAACCACAACAGAUGUAAUCGAAAAUGUCACUGAUACUGACAUUUUAACUCAAGAAGUUGCGACCUCAAUUGUUUCAGCAAUAAGCAAUAUAAUGGAAUCUCCAAGUUUAGAAGAAAGUGGUGAAUGUGCUAGUUUAUUACGUCAGUUGGAUGAAGUCUCAACCAAAGUUGAAUUGUUCGAGGGCAAACCUUUUACAGUUGUUAGCAACAAUGUAUCCAUGACAUCAGUGAAUAGUAAUUAUAGCCCAUAUCUUGGAUUUGGAGUUGCAGUUUUUAUCAGGCCAAAUCGUACUAGUUUGGGUUUUAGAUCUGAUCAGUUUAUAAUCAUACAUGAAUCAAGAACGGCAGGAGACAUAAUUGACAAGAAUACAAUUGAAGCUUCAAUAUAUGUUCCUGUAUCAGCCCAGAGAAAUAAUUCAAGAACUGUUGUAUACGUUUUUGGGAAUGACAAUUUAUUUCCAAGACAAAGAAAUGCAGAAUUGGUCAAUGCAACAGCUGGAGAUGUACCAACGAAUUGGAAUUUAACAAACAUGGUUCUGACAGCUUCCACAGGAGAAGAAGAUAUAGUUGAUUUGCCUUGGAAUGAUUCAUUAUCAUUUUCGACAUCAGGAAAUGAUGAAUCAAUAUGUGCCUUCUGGAAAGAAAGUAUUGAUGACUGGUCAACAUCAGGAUGUAUUGUGGACAAUAAUCGAACCUCGAAUACUUCAAUUUCAUGUUCAUGCAAUCAUAUGACCAGUUUUGCAACUUUAAUUGAUGCUACAGGAAAACUGGCAAACUACUAUAAAUCACUUGGAAUCAUUACUGUUGUGGGUUGUUCAAUAUCCUCUGUUGCAUUGUUUUUUGUGAUAGCAGCAUUCCUCUUAAUACCGAAAAUGAGGAAAGGUGCUAGGUAUCGAUCAGCAUACUUGUUAUCUAAUCUUUCCGUAGCAUUACUGUGCCUCAAUAUAACAUUAAUUGUGAGUGAGUACGUUGAUGAGUCAUCCUGCCCUUCAAUUGCAGCAUUGCUUCAUCUCUUUAUGAUGAGUGCUUGUGGGUGGAUGAAUUGUGAAGCCGUGGCAUUGUGUAUCGCAAUACUAAUGCCAAUAUAUUCAAAAAUGCAAGUUCGUGAUAGCAGGGUAGCAUCAUAUUCAAUUGUGUGGGGAUGGAUUAUGCCUUUCGUAUUUAUCAGUGCAGUUCUUAUAUGGGAUGCAUCUGUGUAUCAAGGGGAGACAUGCUGGAUUCAGACUGAUUUGGUUUUAUAUCUGGCGGCAAUCCCCGUCUCAGUCUUGAUUUUAUUCAAUCUCAUUCUUUAUGGCAUUUUGACAUAUAAGCUGUGCAGGAAACGUGAAUCUCUGUGGGAGGGACAAAGCCGGGAAAUGUCUCACAACAGAAGUUUGCCAACCAAAAAAGUAAUUACAAACAUCUGCAUCAUGAUGGUUGUAGGUGUAACAUGGGUGUUCGGUUUCUUCAUUAACAUAUUUUCUCAUAAUGAAACGGCCGCUAUUGUUUUUGCCUACAUAUUUACAAUACUGAAUUCACUCCAAGGUUUCUUCAUCUUCCUCUUGUAUAUUGUACGAAGCAGGGAUGUUAGAGAUGAAGUUGGAAAAAGAACUGAAGUGUUAUUUAAUCUUACUGCUAGUUCGGCACCUAAAACCACAUCAAGUGAGACAUUGAGCAAAUUUAAGACAAAUCCUGGACGUGGAAAAGAAAAUCAACAAGUAGAAAUUGUGGACUCACUGAUAUCCGACAGCAGUGCUGAUCUCUUGCAAGAGACCGACACAUGUGGUGGGGAAGAAACCAAUGACGAUGCAGGCGAAACAUUUGCACAAUCUUAUAAGUUUUAGCAAUUGCAUUUAGUAUGAUGAACUCCUGUUCAUUGUCUUCUUCAUUAUUUAUUCAAGAAUCUGAAGAUAUGUAAUAUAAAUAUAUGUCAUGUAUGUAACAUGAAA